AUGUGGCCCGCUAAGCCCAGCGCCCGGCUGCCCGCAUUGCUGCUGCUGGCGCUGGCUUUGUCCCCGCCUGGGACCCAGGGGCGGCCCCGGGGACGCAGGGCGGUGCGUCUCGCUGAGUUCAAGCCACAGCCUUUCCUGCCGGUAACAGGGACUCGCCAGGCUCCCAGAGCCUCCCGAAGCGCAGAAAUAUUCCCAAGAGAUAUGACCUUGAAAGACAAAUUUAUAAAGCAUUUCACAGGGCCUGUCACAUUUUCAGCUGAAUGCAGCAAACACUUCCAUCGACUUUAUCACAACACCAGGGAUUGCUCCAUGCCAGCUUAUUAUAAAAGGUGUGCUAGAUUGCUGACGAGAUUAGCCGCGAGCCCGCUCUGCUCCCAGACCUAG